AUGGGGAAGCCCCAGUAUGCCCAUGCAACAACACAAGAAGAAGGAGAGUAUCAACUAGAUCUCAGAAAUUUCACAUUCAUGGGCUUACCGGAAAGAGCUCAGAACAAAACGACCCCACCGAGGAUGGGCAAACCACAACUGAAGAGCGCGACGGAAAGAAGGAAUCCUGGUUUUCAGGUCUCAAAGUUUGGAUGCGAGGGAAAGGGGAAGAGGAAAAAAAAGAUCUUGUCAACGAUGGCAGAAGCGCUGAGGAAGUAG